UACUUCAAGACGGAGCAGCAAUCAUUUAGCCUUGACACCAUCUCAAACAAGCUUCUUCAGGCAGUUGUCCACAUCUACCAAUUUAUCAGAAAACGCAAUAAACAUACUGUAGGCGAAAGAGAGCCUACAUUGAAACACUUUCAACCGAGCUUACUUUUUCAAAGAAUAGACUAAUUUAACAGCGUUCAGACAGCGCUGCGCGAGACUGUGACCGUUUUGAUCAACGCGUUGGCUUCCAGCACAACCACGAACCUUCAUCCCAGAAUAAUGAAAGCUAAACUAUGGAAAAGAGAACAAGCAGGUAGGGAAAGACUAUCUUGAUUCUUAAUAGAACACUGUAAUUGCUUUUCUUGCUUAGAAUCUAUAGCCCAUGGAAGGAUGGUAGAUUCUACUGCUCUGACAUGCAGAACCCAAACAGACACAUUUCAUAUUUUUUUCCUCACAUUUGAUGUAUAUCAUGUAACACGUUGUACCUGUUAUCAACCUCUGUGCUUGAUGCAGUCAGUGAGGAUUUGUGGGCUUCACUCAGGGCAAGGAUAUCUCCCUAUGAGAGACAAUGCUGCUGUGUCCUUGAGAGAGAGAAGAAUCCAGACCCCACCCACCUACCCCCCUCCAGAACUAUCCUUUGUUACACCACAGAUACAAAUGGGAUUAAUGAAGGUAUAAAUUACAGAGGGGUAAAUCCUGCUGAGUAAUCCAUUUGGCAAACAUGCAAACAACAAUGGGUUGGCUGCUUCCUUAGCCUGACCCACUCUGUAGUCACACUGCCUACAACAACACAGACAGAAACAAUUCAAUUGUAAUGUACAUUUUACAUUAAGCACAAGUCCAUCAUCAGGGAUAACAUAAUAUCACAAAUAGGCCUAAGUUUUUUUCUUUUGUAUAAGUGGGCUGUGGAUUUUACGAGAUCAUCUUCAAACAUUGUACACUGUUGGAGUUAGAUUUGAUUAGAGAUGUUCUUAGCCUAGUCUUUUUUCUAGUGAUAGCCUCGAUAUUGUAUGUGAUACUGUGACGUAGGCUACAAGUCACGGCGUCAGAAAGGCGGCUGUCUGGACCCCGAACUCCCUCCAAUUAUUCCUUGUCAAUCACACACACACACACACACACACACGCACACACUCACGCACGCGCGUAGGCUACGAACGCACACACACGUGCGCUCUCACAGGCUGCAGGGGAACAUAGCCUACUCAAAAUAGAAAAUAUAUUUACAUAAAUAAAACACAAUCGGAAUUGAGCAGAAACUUGAACCGAUCUAAACCGAUGUGGGUAUGCCAGUUUAUGUUUGGUUUUGAGACCUUCUCUCCACAAUGUUUUGACCAAUGGACAGGUACAAAAUGUUAUAAACAUGUGUACAGGAUUUGGAGCUUACUAACUUCUCUCUAUGUGCUGAAUUAGAUAUUUUAUGGUUGAGCGUAAUUUUUAACAGGGCCUCGCUAAUGGUCACCAUUUGGUUUUUGAAGGUGAGGUCUCAAUCCCAUCUCUGCACCACCAAGUGAGCAAGGGGCGCCAUUACUAUGCAAAAUGUGUUUGAUCGCUCUGUGUCUGAGACAAAAACAGUUUUCUCAAGAAGAAUGUCGUGACUGCUAAUUAAGUACAAUUAGGCGCUCAUGACAAUAGCCCCACUUUCAAAGCCAUAAAACGCCUCUAUUAGGUCUGUAUGGAGGUGUUGGAAACAGUGUUUAUUUGCAUAACAACUUUAUAUUACAAUAAAUUCUGGAACUGAAUGUUUUAAAGCACAUUUAAUUAUUGGGCAUGCUACACUAAAGCUGUCAUCAUGGAUUCAUGAAUAUCACAUCAUAGAGCAAACUACCAACGGAAUCGUAUAUUAAUUUGACAACUAUUAUGCUCCAAAGGAGAAGAAAACGAUUAGGCUAAUAGACAGCUUUACCAUAUGACAGUGUUUUUUUUCUGUGUGCUGGAAGCGCACAUAGUAGAUCAAAUUAUUUAAGUGUUAAAAUAUGUUUUUAUUAAGAGUCAAUUGCUCAUUCAGUAAGUUUCGUGAGAGAGAAAAGCACCCAGAGAAAUUACAGCGAUGAUUGAUAAGUCUUUUAGUUUUUCGAUGCGGGAAAAAGCUGUUUCAAGUGGGAAUUGAAAGAGCUGAGACACACUAGCCAAUUGUAACUAUGCUGAUCCGUGAUUGGUGUUGGGAGGUCACUGCUGGACCCCGGCUCCGCCCCGGCUCCCUAGAUAUGGAUACUGGCGCCAGUCGCAUCAGGGUACAGCCACAUUUCAUUAAUGAGCGUAUGCCUGAGUACCUCACGGAACAGGAGUUUCAGAGGUAGAAGUGUAGAACAGCUGAUCGCAAUCGUAGAUCCAAAUUUAAGUGGAAACUAUCCUUUCCUAUUUUUUUUCACCAGCAGACAACAAAAUUACAACGAUGAUUCCGUGCACUGUGUCAUUGAGUACGAUCCACGGACUUUGUAUCUGAAACAAAUACAACAGCAGGAGAGAGCCAGUGAAAGUACCGAAACUAUUCUUAGUAGCCUACUGACUGGGCUGACUUCUUUGGACUGAAACGUGCCCUUUUGGAGACAACGUGUUUAUUUUUUGGAAGCAGAGAUUAGAAUAUUGAGGAAGACCGAACCAUGGAAGUAGCAGCUGACCAGUCUCGGUGGAUGGCGCAUCACCACGCCGUGCUGAACGGUCAGCACCCGGACUCUCAUCACCACGGCCUGACCCACAACUACAUGGAGCCCAUGGCGCCGCUGCUGCCCCAGGACGAAGUGGACAUGUUUUUAAAUCAUUUGGACUCUCAAGGAAAUCCCUACUAUACCAACUCUAGGGCCAGAGUCACGUACAGUCCUGCACAUGCUCGACUUUCUGGAAAUCAAGUUUGUCGACCACACCUCAUCCACAGCCCGGGCAUUUCGUGGCUGGACCCUGGAAAAGCGGCUCUCACUGCUGCCCACCACCAUAACGCAUGGGCGGUCAGCCACUUCGGCAAACCUGGACUGCACCCUGCUACUUCAGGCUAUACCUGCAGCAGUAGUUCCAGCACAGCCCCGGUGUCGUCGCUCACCCCAGCGUCCCACUCCAGCCCACAUCUCUAUAGUUUUCCUCCCACGCCUCCCAAAGACGUAUCUCCAGACCCUGGCCCUACAUCUCCAAUCUCCACCUCAACUCGAAUGGAUGAAAAAGAGUCUAUCAAGUACCAAGUGACUCUAACGGAUGGAAUGAAAAUGGAGAACUGCAGUCCCCUACGCAGCAGCCUAGUCUCUAUGAAUGCCCAAACUCCAGCAACUCACCAUCCUAUCCCGACAUACCCAGCAUAUACUCUCCCAACACCACACGAUUAUGGUGGCAGUCUUUUCCACCCCGGGAGCCUGCUGGGUGGAUCCUCGUCCAGCUUUACGCCGAAGUGUAAAAGCAAAGCCCGGUCAUGCUCAGAAUUCUACUCAGAGGGGCGUGAGUGCGUUAACUGUGGAGCCACCUCCACACCCCUAUGGCGUCGUGAUGGGACAGGGCACUACCUGUGCAAUGCCUGCGGCCUGUAUCACAAGAUGAAUGGCCAGAAUCGACCCCUCAUCAAACCCAAGCGCAGACUGUCUGCUGCAAGACGAGCUGGCACCUGCUGCGCUAACUGUCAGACAACCACCACCACUCUUUGGAGGCGCAACGGCAAUGGCGACCCGGUGUGCAACGCCUGCGGGCUCUACUACAAACUGCAUAACGUUAACAGGCCUCUGACCAUGAAGAAGGAGGGUAUUCAGACCCGCAACCGCAAGAUGUCCAGCAAGUCCAAGAGAAGCAAGCGGGCUGGAGAUGGUUUUGAUGAGCUUUCAAAAUGCAUGCACGACAAGUCUUCACCCUUCGGCGGUCCCCCUGGCUUGGCUAGUCACAUGACCCAUAUGAGCCACCUAACCCCCUUCAGCCAUUCAGGACACAUGCUGCCCACGCCCACGCCCAUCCAUCCCUCCUUUGCCCACCCCCACCACACAAGUCGGUCGCCAGCCUGGGCUGAACCCCACUGAAGCUCUCCCAGAGCCUCCCUCCCUCCCUUAUCACAGGCCCUUCACCAGCAUCUCCACCAGUGUCAGAUCUCCACAGGGCAGGAGCUGGGAUGCCUUACGUGCGGCUUCAUGUGGAAAGACUGCGAGUAGAGGACUUUUUGUGUCUCACAUGACCUUGUUGAGAGAAUUUUGAAAAGGACAACAACUUUAUCACGUCUCUGUCAAGAGAGAAAAAGAGAGUUUCUCACCUCGAGUGUGUUGGUGUCUGAGCCUGAUGGGCGUGAAUGGGGACACUCAUAGUUGUUCGGCCUUUUUUGUACUUUGUCACUUUGGUACCCCUGUGUCCACCAUCCUGUGAAAGAGAAGACUACAAGAGGUUCCACAACCACUGCUUUCACCUCCUAGACCUCCAAAUUGUACUGAGACCCUCCUAUCCUCCCUGCCUCUCUCUUAUCCCCCCUGCCUCCAUCAAUGGCUGCUGUGGACAGACUGUGUAGUGUUGUGGCCGAUCAAGACGUCUGGACCCAACCACCCACCGUGGACCCAACCACAUGCUGGAUAAAACCCCAAGAACCUGGUCACCUGUUUUUAAUGGACUUUGAUGGAAAAAUGACACAAGGAAAUAGAAUGUUUAUAAAUGCUCAAUUGCUAUUAUUGUUGUUAUAAUUGAUGUUAUAAUUAUUAUGAUAACUUAUUUUCACUUUUUUGCUUUCUUCAAAGACACAUUGAUUUUAAUGUCAUUGUUAUUACAUAACAGAAAAAACUGACCUAUCUUAGACAAGUUGUUCCUGAGCUGUACGUUUUUAUCAUUUUUUCCAUCUCAUAAAAUAAAAGAAAUAAAGUUUAAUACUAAAUUAA